UCUCCUCUCCCCGCCGCCUCAGCGCGGCCCCGCCGCCGCCAAGACGCCGCGGGCCGUGCUCCGAGUGAAGAAUGGGGCGGCCAAGCUCGCCAAGCCGCCCGCGGCCGCGGGCGAGACCCCCGGCGGCGCCCCCGGACCCGGGCUCUUCAUGGAGCGCUCGCAGAGCCGCCUCAGCCUCUCCGCCUCCUUCGAGGCCCUGGCCAUCUACUUCCCCUGCAUGAACAGCUUCGACGAGGAGGACGCGGAUGGUGAUGGUCGGAGACUGAAAGGAGCCAUCCAGAGGAGCACAGAAACUGGCCUGGCUGUGGAAAUGCCCAGCAGGACCGUCCGCCAAGCCAGCCACGAGUCCAUCGAGGACAGCAUGAACAGCUAUGGAUCAGAGGGAAACUUGAAUUUCAGUGGAGUCCAUCUGGCAUCUGCUGGGCAGUUUAGUGACUUCCUGGGGAGCAUGGGCCCUGCACAGUUUGUUGGCCGUCAGACCUUGGCCACCACCUCGAUGGGGGAUGUGGAAAUCGGCUUGCAAGAGCGAAAUGGGCAGCUUGAAGUGGAUAUCAUUCAGGCUCGAGGACUGACACCAAAACCCGGCUCCAAAACACUGCCAGCUGCUUACAUCAAAGCUUACCUGCUAGAGAAUGGCGUGUGCAUUGCGAAGAAGAAGACAAAAGUGGCUCGCAAGUCAUUAGACCCUUUGUACAAUCAGGUGUUACUGUUUGCUGAGAGUCCCCAGGGCAAAGUAUUACAGGUGAUAGUCUGGGGAAACUAUGGACGCAUGGAGCGCAAGCACUUCAUGGGAGUCGCCAGGGUUCUCCUGGAAGAACUGGAUUUGUCAACUUUAGCAAUCGGCUGGUACAAGCUCUUCCCAACUUCCUCGAUGGUAGAUCCCACUACAGGCCCGCUCCUGCGUCAGUCCUCACAGCUUUCCCUGGAGAGCACAGUGGGACCCUGCUGUGACAGGUCUUAG